AAUCAUUCCUUCUUAUUCUUCCUCACCAGAGUGGGAUUUCUCUGUGGGCAGGGGUUGAUUCUGAGCACUUGAUGACAGGUAUGAUGCCAGGACUUGGUGGCCAAAGGGUAUGGCUACUCUCCCUUCCCCUUGGACCUGGUCCCAGGGUCUCAGUGGGCCCCUUAUCCCCCAGCCUCGUGGAGGGGCCCCUCCUCGGCCAUCACGGCCUUUUGACCCGCAGUCAGCCCCUCAGUAAUAACGUCACGACUGUUGCUUUCCCCACAGGCACUGGUGCCAUCACACGGUGACGCGGACGGUGUCCUGCCAGGUGCAGAAUGGCUCCGAGACCGUGGUCCAGCGCGUGUACCAGAGCUGCCGGUGGCCCGGGCCCUGUGCCAACCUUGUGAGGACUCUGAUCAGACCCACAUACAAAGUGUCCUACCGCACGGUGACGGUGCUGGAGUGGAGAUGCUGUCCUGGCUUCACCGGGAGCAACUGUGAUGAGGAAUGCAUGAACUGUACCCGGCUCAGCGACAUGAGUGAGAGGCUAACCACGCUGGAGGCCAAGGUUCUCCUGCUGCAGGCGGCAGAGCAGCCCGCAGGCCCGGGCAAUGACCUGCCAGCCCCCCAGAGCACCCCACCACCCUGGAACGAGGACUUCCUCCCUGACGCCAUCCCCCUCGCCCACCCAGGGCCCCGAAGGAGAAGGCCCACGGGCCCCGCCGGGCCCCCGGGGCAGACGGGACCGCCAGGGCCUGCAGGUCCCCCAGGCUCCAAAGGCGACCGGGGCCAGGCAGGAGAGAAGGGCCCAGCAGGGCCUCCCGGCCUCUUGGGGCCGCCAGGACCCCGCGGGCUUCCUGGAGAGAUGGGGCGCCCGGGCCCCCCUGGCCCCCCCGGCCCAGCAGGCAGCCCAGGCUUCCCUCCGAACGGCCCCCAGGGUGUCCUCUACUCCCUGCAGUCGCCGACAGACAAGGACGCUGCUGCCCCUGGGGUCCUGACGCCCCCCGAGUCUCUGUUGUCUGCCCUGGCCUCAGUUUCCCCAUUUGGUGAGAGCAGCGCCCCCGAGUCCGAGCCUCUGCUCACCAAGGCUGCUGUGAGGCCCGGUGGGGUGGGGACGUCUGUCCUCCUGGCCCCGGGGGAGCUCAGGCCCGGCACCCCAGCCCUGCCGGCCCUGCCCCACCGUGUCACGGGCCCCUCUGCUCUGCCCACAGACGGACACUCACAGCUGGCCUCUGCUGCCGUGGACACCGUGCUGGCCGGCGUCCCAGGGCCCCGGGGCCCCCCUGGCCCUCCAGGUCCUCCUGGCCCACACGGUCCCCCAGGACCGCCAGGUGUACCUGGAUCCCAGGGCCUGGCCGGAGAGCGGGGCAUGAUGGGACCGGCUGGCGAGCCCGGCGGGAAGGGACAAGAAGAGGAGAAGGCGGCUGCAGAGAGUGAGGGGGUGCAGCAGCUGCGGGAGGCCCUGAAGAUCCUGGCAGAGAGGGUCCUCAUCCUGGAGCACAUGAUCGGGAUCCACGAUCCCCUGGCCUCCCCCGAGGGGGGCUCCGGCCAAGAUGCUGCCCUGAGAGCCAGCCUCAAGAUGAAGCGUGGGGGCUCCCCGCCCGCCGACGGUCCCCUCGCCGCCCUGCUCGGCCCCGACCCUGGGCAGAGGAGCGCUGGCCAGGCCAGCGGCAGGAAGUAAGAGGCCAGCUCUCCAGGACAAGCCCCGCCGGAGACCCAGCUCCGAGCCCUGUGUGGCCACCGGCUUCUGAAGACAACACUUGGUGGGACUGGGCUCCAGGCACCGAGGAUCCUGAGGGACGCUGGCUCCCGGGGCCUGGGGGCCUUGGGGACAGAUGGCAACUGCAGAGGCAGGGUCCAGAGGGCCCCGGCACCCUUGGCGGGGCCUUUUCCUUGUCCCUGCCCUCCCCCACCCUCACUUUCUGCAGGAGACGGGCUCUGGGUGGGCUGGGCAGGGCACGAGAAUAAUCAUAAUACUCAUCAUUCACUGAGUCUGGGCCUGUCCGAGGGGCUUUCCCUACAUUGUCUCAUUUAACCCUUAGGAGGCAGGCUUGCUACCCCACUUUCCACGGGAGGACGGAGGCUCGGCCAGUGUAAAUAACGUGCCAAGGCCACGGGACCAGGGACAGCCGGGGCAGGAUUUGAACCCAGGCCUCUCGGUUCCUUAACUCGGGACCCCGCCAGCUUCCUGUCUUCACAGAGAAACUCAGGGCAGGAGUGGGGCUGUGGGGAGGCUGGCCCGGCCCGCAGGGAAGGAAGGCAGGGUCCCGGGCCUCCUUCCUCAGCCUCCCCGUCCCUGGGCUUGGGGUCUGCUCCAGGGUCUGGCGGCGGCUGCUCUCAGAGGCCAGGGAGACCCUGAAUAAGCCCGUGACGCUCACACGGACUUGGGGACAGUGAGAGAGGGGCACUGGGGGUGCAGGGGCCUUCAAACCAAACUGGCAGUCGCCCACCACUGCCUCCCAGUCUCUCUGAGCCCACCCAGUCCAGCCCAGCAGGCCCUCCUGCCCCCGAGCCGAGAGGAGGCAGUAUUUCCCGGGAACGUGCACCUGAGGAGGCCGUCACUUGCAGCCCUGCCUUCCCUGGGAACCUGUAGGGUUGGCCAUUUCCGCAUCGCACAGCAAGUCCAACGACCCUUUGACAAUCUAGAGGAAGGACAGCUGAGUCCCAGGCCCCAUCAGGAGAGACACUGCCCGCUGAGGGCUGUGGGCCCGGGGAAGGGGCCUCAGUAGGUGGCCGGGGCCCGGGACCCCAGAGCAGCUCAGACCGCAGCCCUUAAGGCCUCUCGGGCCCUGGGUCCCCUGUGACCUGGACCAGCCCUGCUUCUCCUCUCUUGCCGGGCCGAGACCCAAAGAUCGUGGUGCCACCCCAGGGCCCGUGUCCCCUCAGGGCAGGAGCCAUCUGUCCCCAGCGUCCUUGGUGCUCCCGGGAGGUUGUGGCCUGGUCCCACGGGCCCCGGUAACCUCUUCUUGCCCUCAAGGUCCCGAUGGCCCCUUGUGAGGCAGAACUGGCCUGGGGGCCCAGGUGUGGCAGUCAGAGGCAGCGGGCAGUCUGGAACGCUGUGACAAUAAAGGUGCUCUCCCCACUGG